ACUCAUUUACAGGCCAGCGGUCACUUUUUCAGAGAUGAGGAUGUUCUCAUUCUUGAUAGAGAGGAACGUUAGUUUGAGAGAGGUGAAUAAUAAACAUGAUUAUUUGCCCCAAAUAAGAAACGCCUCUAACCCACAGCUUGUGACAGACACGACCCUGUGUGUCCCACAAUUUCCUGCCGUCAUAGAAACAGCUUUUUUCAGUUCCCAUAAAAUGUCUGGAAAUAUUUUUCCUCCCUUAAUUACUCAUGAGUUUUAAAAAUAAUAAUAUAUAAUGAAUUAAAUUGUAAAAGGUUGCUUUUUUAACUCUGCGAAACAAGCUAAAAUAUAUAUUUAAGACAGGCAUAUCUUAAGCCAACUGUAUCUAGUGGUCCUUCUGGUGUAAACAAGGGUCCUCGCACAAAAUGUACGGAGAAUAGCCACACAAUGGUAACCUGAGAUAAUCGAAGAAAAAAAUGAAAAUACCGAAGAGAAAACUAUUUCUUCUCAUUAUUUUUGCAUACGUUGCUUUUUCUCUUUAUGCUGCAUAUAAUGUUUUCUUUAGCAACAAAGUAAUCUCUCGCGUUCACAGGGUGGUGAAGAAGGAACCCGGAGCACCGCAAGGUGGUGUCAGAGAUGGCGGUGCUCCAUUUGUUGCUGAUGAGUGGAAUCCGUGGGAGGAUGAGGAGGUGGAAUACAACUCCGCUUUAAACAAGAAAAGACAGGCCUUUAAAGAGCACAUGGCUAGAAUUAACAAGAAAAAACCUAAACGAUACAACGUCCAAAUAUGGGGGAAAGCUGCCAUCGGGCUUUACCUUUGGGAACAUAUUCUGGAAGGACCUCUUAAUCCAACUGACAAAGUAGCACAGUGGAGGGAGGGAGAGCUGCAGUCAGGAAAAAUUGAAUUCAG